AUGCUCCGACCCACCGCUCCGCUCUUCAAGGUCACUAAAUCCUCUCGUGCAUGGCUCGCUCGCCAAGGACGCGAUCCCUAUGUCACACAACGCGUCGCAUCACACGGCCCCUCCAAGUCUAACAAGUCAAACUCAAAACCUGCCCCACUUGAAGACCUGCCUCGUUCCUACCGCUCGCGUGCUGCCUACAAGCUUCUCGAGCUCGAUGACAAGUACCAUCAAUUCCUCACCAAGCCUUCUGUUCGUGCUGUCGUCGACCUGGGUGCUGCACCAGGAGGUUGGUCUCAGGUAGUAGCUGAGCGGCAUGGCUUUUCGACAGGGUGGGAUUUCGAAGAAAAGGGUAUGGGCCGAGGUGAUCCUUCCUCACCCUCUGACGACUGGUCUUCCUCUCCCUCCUCUCUUCCUCAGGAUACAUUUCCGGAGCCUAAUACAAGCAGGGAACAGUCCACUAUUCUUGCCCUUGAUAUCCUCCCAAUGCUUCCCAUACCAGGCGUACACUCCUUAACAUUCGACUUCCUACGUCCAGACGCACCAGCGGCCCUGAGGUCCCUUCUGUCUGCCCGAGGGCACGACUACGCGGACGUCGUCCUCAGUGACAUCGCUGCGAACAUGAGCGGCAACCGCACUCGCGACGUUGAGAGUAGCCUCGACAUUUGCCGGGGCGUAUAUGAGUUCUGCCUCGGCGUGUUGCGCCCAGAGGAACCAGGCUGCGAUCGACCUGGUGGUGGGAGGAAAGGCGGUGCGCUCCUAAUCAAACACUUCAACCACCCUUUGCUGACUGAAUUCCGCCGCGAGCAUCUCGAACCCCAGUUUCGCAAUGUUUACUACGUCAAACCCGACGCCAGCCGAUCGGACUCGAGCGAGGGUUACUGGCUAUGUCGUGGCUUCCGUGGCCCGCCUGGCUCAGGCAGCAGUCGAGCCUUCUCCACCAACAUAUGAUAUACGUCGAUGCUUUCUAUACCCUAGUUCUCGCAACGCACCUUGCUCAGACCAUCAACCGUGAGGAAUAU